AUGUGGCAACUGACCAGAAAUCCAAAUUUUCUAGCAUUUAUGCUUGUCAUUGCUUUCACUGAUGCUAGUGAAUUACCACAUUGUUGUACAAGUGGUAAGAGACAUUUUGAACAAUCAUUAUCAUGCACUGAAAUAAAUCUCAACCAAACAGCAAAUACUUGUGUCCUGACAGCAUCAAUAUGUUGUAUGAAUACAUUGCUGGAACAUAAUUGCAAUUAUGGUAUAAAAAUGGCUGAAAAAGAAGAUCAAUGCUCAUCAAAUAUUGAUCAAGUUGGUGGAGGAAUUCGUAAGGAAUGUUGUGAAUGCUGCCUUUUGGCUAAAGAAUUAUUACAAAAUGAUAAAAAUUGUAUAGCACCAAGUGGUUUUGGUGCAGAAUGUUUACGAUCUUUUCAUCAGUGCUGUUCGGAAGACGCAGAAUCAAAACACGUUUUACAGCAUCAACGUUAUGAAAAUCAUUCAAAUUUGGUAGAUUUGUUGCAUGUUGGAGAUCGUUGCAUAUCAGCAAAAUGUGAACAUAUAUGUGCGGAUCGAGGAGGUACCAUGGUAGAAUGUUCCUGCCGUCCUGGGUAUGAAUUAGGACCGGAUGGUUAUUCAUGUAUCGACAUAAACGAAUGCGACACACAGGAUUCAGUGUGCCCAUUGCCUAAUUCAUUAUGUCUCAAUACACCUGGAUCGUUCUCCUGCGUCUGCUUACCGGGCUUCUACUGGAGUGAUAUUGGCUCCGUUUGUGUAGAUAUUGAUGAAUGCUUACUACUAGCGGAUGAUUGUUUGGAAAGUCAACGUUGCUUAAAUACUCCUGGCUCAUUCAAAUGCAUACGAACAUUAUCCUGUGGUACCGGAUAUGCGUUGAAUAGUGAUACUGAACAAUGCAUUGAUGUGGAUGAAUGCAACCUUGGUUCUCAUGAUUGUGGACCAUUGUACCAGUGUCGUAAUACGCAGGGUAGCUAUCGUUGUGAUCCAAAAAAAUGUGCCGAAGGUGAAUUGAUGAAUCCACGAACAGGUGAAUGCACAAAUAUGGACUGUCCCAUUGGUUAUAAACCAAUUCAAGGACGUUGUGAAGAUGUUAACGAGUGUGAAUUAGCGGGACGAUGUAGACAAUUUGAAGAAUGCAUAAAUACUCCUGGAUCAUUUCGCUGUCAGGAACGAGGAAAUCUAUGUGCAAGUGGUUAUCGUAUGGAUCGAAAUACUGGAUUCUGUAUUGAUAUUAAUGAAUGCACCGAUGGAACUCAUUUGUGUGGUGACAAACAAUGCAUCAAUUUGUUGGGUAGCUAUAAAUGUCGCUGCUCAGCGGGUUUUGAAUUCAAUGAUACGACGAAACGCUGCGAAGACGUGGAUGAGUGUAAAAAGUUUGAGGGACAUGUUUGUUCUUUGCAUGCAACUUGCGAGAAUACAUAUGGCUCAUUCAAAUGUCAUUGCAAAGAUGGCUUUAAUAUUGCGAAAGAUGCACGAAAUUGUGACGAUAUUGAUGAAUGUAGUCUUGGCAUAGCAAAUUGUGCACAGAAGUGCAUCAAUAUACCUGGUAGUUAUCAAUGCAUUUGUGAACGUGGCUAUCGCCUCGGUGAUGAUGGAAUUAUCUGUGAAGAUAUCGAUGAAUGUACUCUUUGGGCUGAUUCAGGUGAUGAUCUUUGCAUGGGCAACUGUAUUAACACUCCAGGCUCCUACAAAUGUCAGUGUCCUGCUGGUUAUGAAAUACAAGAAGAUGAUAUUGAUGAAUGCGUAAAAGGUGAAUGUCAAGGAAGCAAUCAGAUUUGUGUAAAUACAUUGGGAAGUUUUAAAUGUCAUGUAAUACGUUGCCCACCAAAUUAUGUGCACGACAAAAAUUAUAAAAAUCGCUGUAACCGACUGAAUCAUUUAUGCGAUUCAUUAACUGAAGAAGCGUGUAAAAAUCAUGCAGUACGUAUAAGUUGGGAGUUUACAUCCAUACCAAGACAAGAACCAAUUUCAUCAAGACGAACUUCCAUCACACUCUUUACUGUUCGUGGUCCGACAUCACCUUCAAGCAGUGUUCAGUUCGAAUUGAAAUUGAAAAGCGCCAUACCAGAAAAAUUCUAUGUGUUACCAGCAGUUCGAAGUAAUUUUCUCUUGCAAAAAAGUGAGGAGAAAAAUGGAGCAAUAAUUGCUCUAAGAGAUUCGCUGGAUGGACCGCAGGAGGUCAUUUUGGAGCUUAUUUUGAGGCUUAAUAUUGGUGGUGUAUUUCAGAGUAAACAUAUUGCUAAUUUGGUAAUCAACGUUGCUGCACAUCGUAGACAACGAAUAACCCCUCUUUCUGAAAAUUUAACUGCAUGA